UUUCUAGCAAAGCUAGAGGACAGGCAGACAAAAAGAACCUGUCCAGUAUAAUUAUAACCACAGUUACAUUAACUUUUGGAUUCAGCCCAGCCAGUGUGGCUCAGUGGUUGAGCAUCAACCCAUUUCCGGUCAGGGCUUGCAGGUUUGAUACCCGAUUUUUGGAAGUUCCAGCACAGUGACGCUUCCUGAAACCUUGCUGUUUGUGUCAACCCUGGAUGGAAGUUUGCACGCUGUCAGCAAGAGGACAGGCUCGAUCAAAUGGACUUUAAAAGAAGCCAGGCUCUCUAUUCAUUUCCCAGAUGAAUGCGGCAGCUUCCUGACUGUGGUCCCUGCACCUGUCUUAUCUUCCCAUUCACCCAUCACACUGCUGUCAGACGUGUCCCCUGAAAAGACUAAUUGACCACACCACACCCCUGCUGAAAUACUGCUAGCAGUGCUACUCCAGGUGUGGUCUGCCCUCCUGCGUUACCUGUCCAUGAGGAAAGAAGUACAACGGGCGAUAAGCAUCACCCAUGGUGUGAUCCUUCCCUGAUUAGUUUGGGGAGCACUGGCCCACAGACAGUCAAGACCGAGCUCCUCAGUAUGCAUGCAAGGCCCUUCUGAAUCCGCUCUUGCCCACCUCUCCAGCCUCAACUCCCCUUUUCCCCCCAGAGGUGCGCCUUGUUGCAGCCACAGCUCCUCUCCAGGCCUCGGAGACAUUGGGCCUUGGCUUCUGCUCCCUCCCCUCCAGCAGCCUGCACUGCUGGGCAGGCUCCUGUUCAUCCCAGGUUACUUGCUUGUUUCCUCAAGCAGGGUGAGCCCUUUCCUCCAUUGGGUGUUGGAGGCACUUCCUGCUGGUGGUGCGAAUUUUUGUUUACAUUUGUCUUCCUGCUGAAUUUCUAACUCCUUGAAGGUUGGGGCCUCUAAACAGCCAGGGAUGCUCAGGAAAUGUCGGAGGCACCUGAGGCCCACUGGAUUUCCAGAACCCUUCUGACUAGACGUCCUUCAGGAGCCCUGAAAAGCAGAUGAGACUUGACUUGGCCUCCUCAGGAUACUCGCCUGCCACUCGUGCCAUCGUCGCAUUAGUUUCCAGUUCCAGUUUUUGAUCUGAGUUUCACACAGCUUUUGCGGCUUCUGCAGGAGGCUUUCUGUCCUCCUUUAGGCUGUGUGCCUCUGGAAGUGUCCGACUUCUGCCUGCAGAGGCGUGAUGGAAACGUGAGAAGGGAAGUUGUGGGAAGGGUUAAUAGCCCUAAUCUCUUUUCUCCUAAGAACCUUUCUAGGCUUCAGAUAUGCAUCACCACCUUUCUACUUUAUCGGCUAAGCACAAGAAAAGUGUUUCUUUGUUCUCCAUUGUCUUGGAGGACUGAAAAUUAAGUUUCACAAGAAGGGCCAUGAGAGGGCCUGUUUCUGCUUUUGAGCAUCUUGGAAACGUGUCUCCUGUAUUUUACUCUGUCAUGGAAGAUUCUAAACAUAAACAGACAUAGAGAUGAUUAUAUAAUGAACGCUCAUGUAUCUGUCACUCAGCUUCAGCCGUCACCAGCUGGUGUCCAGUCUCCUCUGUACCCGCUCACAGCCUCCCUCACGCUCGGGACUGGCUUCGGAGCAGCACGUCUCCCAUUGUAGAGAUACCUCUCAGCCCGCAGCCACCACACGUAGCAUAGGUUUCAACCCCAGUGGGUAGUCUUUGCUGCAUUACUUGGUAUGUAUCAGAGCACAGUUGUAAAUGUUGAAGUGCAGGAGUAAAAUUCCCUUUUUUAUUGGCUGUGACUACUUAGUUAUCCUUUUGUUCAUCUUGGGAUGCCGUGCGAGGUUUGCUGGCACUCCCAUCACUCAAGAAUGAAUUCUGUGAAAUAGGACAUGCUGAGAGACAUUUGGUCAUAAGUCAUAGUAUUGAAUUGCCUUAUCCUCCCCCUUAAAUUUCCUUCACAAGUGAUUGUACCAUUCAGUGUGCGUUUUUAGGUCUGACUGACUCCUGCCAAGGUGAUGGUGAAUAAGAGCCUAGUAGAAGUCAGCUGCCUUCACUAUGGGCGGGUUUUUAGGUUACUUUGGUAUCUCCCCACGAUCACCUUCAUCACACAUGACAUUGCAUGACUUGCAGAGGUUACCUGUAAGGAAACCUGUUACAUCCUUUCUCAGUUCUGAUGAGAUUUGGAUUUUGAGACGCUUUUGAUUAGGUGUCUAUUUUAAAAUGUUCUCAUGUGAGCUGAAUUUUGAGAAAUGUUUUAAGACUUUCUUCCCCACAGUUUGGAUCUAACAACUGAAUACGAGUGAAGAGUGUAGAUUCCGGAAGUACUUUCCUCUGGAGGGAGCAAUGAGCUGCCACUGGGGAGAAGUAGUCCCUAAUCGCCUCACCUGAGCACGAAAAACAUAUUUGGGAGACUUGAGUUUUGAGUUAAGGGAGGGUGAAUGACCUUGUUUCUACCAAUAAUUUUUAUAAGGAAACAGUGUUAGAACCUCAAGCAUUUUUCAUGAGGAAAUGGCAUUUGUCUACUGCAGUCAGACUAGCCGAUCUAGUUUGAUCUCGUUUCACCGUUGGCUAGGAUUAAAAUCGUGCGCCCUCUAACUCAUUCCUUUCUUUCACUUCACUUUUCUGAUCAGGACUAAGUUUUGUUGGCCUUUCCCCCCUCCUUUUUGGUUCCUGACCAUCCCUCCUUUUCCCCCACCCGGGCCCACCCUGGCCAUCUUACUGGGGUUAUUAAGUCGCCUUCCUCAGUAUCCCUUUCUGAUUCCUUCUUUUUCUCAUUUGCUUAGUGCCCUGGCUGACCUUUUUUCAGAGGGCUGCAUCACAUCUCUCUUCUUCUCAGACGCCUACAAUCAGUUCCUAGCCAGUGCCCGCCACGCCACAUCACAGAGUUCUCUCGGCUUCCUCCUCCACGGUCUCACUGCCUGCUGUCCGACCUGAUUCUCAUUCAGAAGGAACACUUCACACUUGCCAAGCCUGUGUCCUCAUUCCCACAAAGCGAUCCAGUUCUGCAGGUUCCAACACACGUUGAAGAGCCUGCCUUCCUCCCGGAUCCCAACGAUGGCAGUCUGUAUACACUUGGGGGCAAGCACAGCGAAGGCCUAACGAAACUUCCCUUUACCAUCCCGGAGCUGGUACAGGCAUCGCCAUGCCGAAGUUCAGAUGGGAUUCUCUACAUGGGUAAAAAGCAGGACAUUUGGUAUGUCAUUGACCUUCUGACCGGGGAGAAACAGCAGACUUUGUCAUCGGCCUUUGCAGAUAGCCUCUGCCCUUCAACCUCUCUUCUGUACCUUGGGCGCACAGAAUACACCAUCACCAUGUACGACACCAAAACCCGAGAGCUCCGGUGGAACGCCACCUACUUCGACUACGCAGCCUCGCUGCCCGAGGACGACGUGGACUACAAGAUGUCCCAUUUUGUGUCCAAUGGCGAUGGGCUGGUGGUGACUGUGGACAGUGAGUCUGGCGACGUCCUGUGGAUCCAGAACUAUGCCUCCCCUGUGGUGGCCUUUUACGUCUGGCAGCGGGAGGGGCUGCGGAAGGUGAUGCACAUCAACGUCGCUGUGGAGACCCUGCGCUACCUGACCUUCAUGUCCGGGGAGGUGGGGCGCAUCACCAAGUGGAAGUACCCCUUCCCCAAGGAGACGGAGGCCAAGAGCAAGCUGAUGCCCACCCUGUACGUUGGGAAAUACUCUACUAGCCUCUACGCCUCCCCCUCAAUGGUCCACGAGGGGGUUGCUGUUGUGCCCCGAGGCAGCACCCUUCCUUUGCUGGAAGGCCCCCAGACUGACGGCGUCACCAUUGGGGACAAAGGGGAGUGUGUGAUCACACCCAGCACGGACCUGAAGCUUAACCCUGGGCUCAAAGGGAAGAACAAGCUCAACUACUUGAGGAACUACUGGCUUCUGAUCGGACACCAUGAAACGCCGCUGUCUGCGUCUACCAAGAUGCUGGAGAGAUUCCCCAACAAUCUGCCCAAACACCGGGAAAAUGUGAUUCCUGCCGACUCUGAGAAAAAGAGCUUUGAGGACAGAUGUAACCACCCUCUCCCACACAAGGCUAUCCACCUGGUUGACCAGACUUCAGAGAAUGCGCCCAGCACCGUUUCUCAGGGUGUGGAGGAGAAGUUCGCUCACGCCCCCGCCAAGCCCGAGGCCCCUGUGGACUCCGUGCUCAAGGACAUUGCCACCAUCGUCCUGAGCACCUUCCUACUCAUCGGCUGGGUGGCCUUCAUCAUCACCUACCCCCUGAGCGUGCAUCAGCAGCAGCAGCUCCAGCACCGGCAGUUCCAGAAGGAACUGGAGAAAAUCCAGCUCCUGCAGCAGCAGCAGCUGCCCUUCCACGCACCCGGGGACGUGGCUCAGGACGCCGAGCUCCUGGACUCGUCCGGCCUGUACUCGGAGAGCUCGGGCACCAGCAGCCCCAGCACGUCCCCCCGAGCCUCCAACCACUCGCUGCACUCCAGCAGCUCUGCCUCCAGGGCCGGCACCAGCCCCUGCCUGGAGCAGGACGACGAGGAUGAGGAAACCAGCAUGGUGAUGGUUGGGAAAAUUUCCUUCUGUCCCAAGGACGUCCUGGGCCACGGAGCGGAGGGCACAAUUGUGUACCGGGGCAUGUUCGACAGCCGCGACGUGGCGGUCAAGAGGAUCCUCCCCGAGUGCUUCAGCUUCGCCGACCGCGAGGUCCAGCUGCUGCGAGAGUCUGACGAGCACCCAAACGUGAUCCGUUACUUCUGCACCGAGAAGGACCGGCAGUUCCAGUACAUCGCCAUUGAGCUGUGCGCGGCCACGCUGCAGGAGUACGUGGAGCAGAAGGACUUUGCCCACCUCGGCCUGGAGCCCAUCACCUUGCUGCAGCAGACCACCUCCGGCCUGGCCCACCUGCACUCCCUCAACAUCGUUCACAGAGACCUGAAGCCCCACAACAUCCUCCUCUCCAUGCCCAAUGCGCAUGGCAGGAUCAAGGCCAUGAUCUCCGACUUCGGCCUCUGCAAGAAGCUGGCAGUGGGCAGGCACAGCUUCAGCCGCCGCUCGGGGGUGCCCGGCACCGAAGGCUGGAUCGCCCCGGAGAUGCUGAGUGAGGACUGCAAGGAGAACCCCACCUACACGGUGGACAUCUUCUCUGCGGGCUGCGUGUUCUACUACGUGGUUUCUGAGGGCAGCCACCCUUUCGGCAAGUCCCUGCAGCGACAGGCCAACAUCCUCCUGGGCGCCUACAGCCUCGACUGCUUACAGCCCGAGAAGCACGAAGACGUCAUCGCCCGGGAUCUGAUAGAGAAGAUGAUCUCCAUGGACCCUCAGAAGCGCCCGUCAGCGAAGCAUGUGCUGAAGCACCCGUUCUUCUGGAGCCUCGAGAAGCAGCUCCAGUUCUUCCAGGACGUGAGUGACCGGAUAGAAAAGGAGUCCCUGGACGGCCCGAUCGUGAAGCAGCUGGAGAGAGGCGGGCGAGCCGUGGUGAAGAUGGACUGGAGGGAGAACAUCACCGUCCCCCUCCAGACAGAUCUGCGUAAAUUCAGAACCUACAAAGGCGGCUCCGUCAGAGACCUCCUCCGAGCCAUGAGAAAUAAGAAGCACCACUACCGGGAGCUCCCCGUGGAGGUGCGGGAGACCCUGGGCUCCCUCCCCGACGACUUUGUGCGCUACUUCACAUCCCGCUUCCCCCACCUCCUCUCUCACACCUACCGGGCCAUGGAGCUGUGCAGCCACGAGAGGCUCUUCCAGCCCUACUACUUCCACCCGCCCCCCGAGCCUCAGGCCCCCCUGACUGCAGACGCCCCUGAGCCAGGCCGGACUCCGUCUUGUGGCCCCAGCUGUGACUGAGCGCCCCCUGUCUGCAAUCCAGGGCCAGGGGCCACACUUAGCAAGAAGACCAAGCUCCCAAACCAGUGCCUUGAGCUGCCUGCUCUGCAGCUGGCAGAGGAGGGUCUGACCCCUAGAUGGGGAGAGGUGACCCCUCCUGACCUGCAGGAAGCUGGGAAGACGGGGGUGAAAGCUUCACCACCAGGGAACAGCUGCGGGAAGGGCCGUCCCCAGGCAGCAGCAGGGCACCUCCACCUCCUCCUGGAUAGACUGGCUUCAGACACGUUUCUUUUUAAACUUCCUGUUCGAUGUCAGCCUGCAGGCCUUGAAGGAAGCGGGAGGAAGAAAGCCUAAGCUCUGCCUGUGUGCGGGGCCCGGAGCCGCUCUCCCCGACCAGCAGGCUGAGGGGCACCGACGGAGGGACGGAGGUCACUGGUCCCGAGCACCAUGCACCCAAGUGUCCCAGGUCACUGGACCCAGUGCUUCCUCGGGGCAGUGGCGUGUGGUGUUGGGGCGGGUCAGCGCACGCGGAAGGGAGGCCACGGCCGCAGGUGCGGGAAACGGAGAAGACGCUCGGUUCCGAGGCAGCUGCGGCCCCACGUGCUGGUGGCCUCCAUGGUGGCUUUUGGUGGCUUUGUGGCCUGGACCAUUUAGGGAUGCUUAGGAGCAUUUGGGGGCAAGAAGUGAUACUUCCCUGGCCAUCAAGGACCCAGUCAGGGACAGGCCUUCGGAACCGGAGGGUCAAGGGCCUACCUGGCCACUGUGGCCAUCCCGGGAGAGCCCUGGGCCAGAGGGCAGGCGAUGAGGCCUCUAUCCCUGCAGCCAGCAGGGUGGCCAGGGGCUUGGUGGCCAAGGCCAGGCUCCCCGCGUGCCUCGUGGGCAGGAUUUUUUGUUUCUCUUGGCAGAUUUUAAUAACGUUAUAGUUUGAUCACACUGUAGAAUGCCACAUUAGCACAAGUGAGCUAAGCGUCACGUGAAGCUUGCUCAUGAAGAAGAAAUGCAAUACAUCUAUUCUGUGUGGUACCCCCCCCCCCCCCCCCCCCCGCCAGGAAGAGUGUUCGUAUCCAGAACGUUCUCCAGCUGGUGAAGAGCAAGCAUUACAGCGUCACUGUACACGUCAUCCUCAGAGUGAUGUUCCCUAAAUCGCCGUGUCCUUUCUCCCCCUAAAUUUAAUGUAAUUUUUAAUUUUCGUUUUAAUCAAUUCCUGUCUUUUCUCUACCGAGAGCCUUAGUGGUUACAUGCAGUGAGGGUCCCACGUGAGGAAGCGUCUCCUGUACGUUCUCCAGCCGGGGGAGCGGCUCACGCAGGCCCACCCGGUGAACUCGGAGACUCACCGUGGAGUUCACUGCCUGACGGGAAGUCACUGUUUCUUAUUGUGCGAUGUCUUCGUGGUGUUCGUGUGUGGAGGCCACGCAGCACAGGCUCUGGUUCUGCCUUUGUAGACGCCCAUCCCUUCCAUGAUGCCUGAGAUCACUCGUUCUCUUAAACAGCGCCCACCUCUGUGAAGCUCACCAGUUACCUCAUUCAGACCCGCACAGCCAGGCGGGUUCUUCUCCCCGCUCUCAUUGCCUGUGCCAGCUCCGUUCCGUGGGUCACUGUGCCGCCAGCCCGAGGGACCGGCGGGAAGGUGCCACGAGGACGUCCCGGGCUGCCGGCUCUCUGCUGCCGGGUGCGGCUGUACCGCACUGCUGAGCGUUCUCUUUGCAGAGUAGCCAGUCAUUUCUAGCCGCCCGAUACUUGUCAUCUCUCUGUUUUGGCUCAACUUGCCUGCAGGACAACUUCUCUUUAAAAUGCCUUUUCUGCUGAUCAUAUUUCUAACCACCCACUGAGACUCAUUGAUUCACCGCAUGCUGGGACACUGGCGCUGGGGACAGAGAGAGGGACAAGAUAGAACCUGUGCUCUCAUAGGAGCCUGUGGUGAGAGACAACAAGUUAACAUCAGUGCAUGAAGGAGCCCAGGGUUGGGGAAGGGCGUGAUUUGGGGUUUGCACCUUUUCAGUCUUAAAGCGCCCGUGUCCUGGGACCCCUCGGAACUGGUGAGACUGCUCUCUGUCCAUCUUAUCCUCAUCGCCUUCGGGAUCCAGGCCUUCAGAGGCUUGCAGAGGUCUUGCGUGGACACUUGCCAUGGAAACACCCUGUGGUAGAUCCCGUCUCAGCCUCUAGCAUUCAGGUUUCCUGCUGUGCUGCUGAGCUCUGGGCUGUGGAGUACGAGUCCUAGAAGGCUGUUGGGCUUUUUAGAAGUAUUCGGUUUUAUUUUUACGACACUUUUCUCUGAUUGCUUCUCGAGCUUUCUAACUCAUUUUAUAAAAGACUCUGCAUGUCAUGGGGCAUCCGAGCAUUUGCACUUUCAGGACUCACUGGUGUUACCUGAUAAGCCACUGAGCCAUCCGGGCGCCGAAGUACAAAACCCUGUCUCAGUGCAAUAGUCAUCGUAGGCUCUGAGCGGCGAGACGUCACUCUGACCCGCUGCAUGUGUUGUACUGGGAAAGCUCCAGGCCAGUGGGUCCAGCAAAGUAUUUUCUUCCCAUCAAGAACGGUCCUUAUCAGCGUUUACCCUGGUCCUCCCGCCAAGGCUUUGUGUGGACGUGACUCGGGUAUCUGUGUGGUUCCCUCUCAUUGCUGCUCUGACCUCUCGCUGACGUGGGGGCCUUUGGACAGCAGUGCUUUCUCCUCUUGGCCGCUCUCGUUUCAGAAGUUGGACUCUGGCCAGCUUCCCGAUACUUUGGGUUUCCCAAGACCGUUCCCCUUUUCCAUGUGCUCCUCAGCUGGGUCCUGCGGAAGAUGGGCUGGCUCCGCGUCCAAGCCCUCUAUGCAGGGAGAGCGAGCCCAGCACCCGUAGAGCCCCCUUACAUUCUCGUUAGCUUUCCUUCGGUUUCUGAAAUCCCUUUCCUUCAUGCCUCCCGGCGUUGCUUUGCCCUGGCCGUCCUGGAGUUGUUUAGAUGUGCCUGGCCUGGCAGCAGCCUUUCCAAGGAAGUCACUGCGUGUCCCGUCCAGAUAAGCCAGAUUUCCUCCUUCCAGGGUUGGACCGUUAUCUUUCAAGCCAAAGCGUCUAUCCUCUUCUGUACUUCCUUUUGAAACAGUGAUUUCCCAUGCGUGACUCCGGUUCUGACUGUAGCAGCAUGUGAAUCUCUCCUGUGCUCAGUGGAGAACCACAGAACCAUCCGCAGUGAGCCUCCCACCGGGCAGCCUUAACCCACAACCGCGGCCAAGGUCCCCACACCCACCUCCCGGGCUCUGCGCUUGGUGGGUGCAGUAUUCCUUUCCAGUACCCCAAAAGCUGUGACGGGGGUGUCCCCAGUACCCGGAAAGCAUUACCAGUCAACUCUGCCAUGUUCUCAGAUGCAAACCUUACGUAGUGUUCUUUUUGCAAUGACCUAUUUAUUUAACCUAUUUAUAUUUAUUUAAUUUUUACUCUGAAGUAUACCCCAGUUACAAUUGCACUUGCUUAAAGCACAGACGAUUUGUUUUGGACAACACCCCUGACCAUGUUAAAACUGGAAAAGGAAAAGUUAUACUGUAUCCUUCCACGGGAUGGAUGCCUUACAGUAGGCUUUGUUAGUAAAGGGUGAAUAAUUUGGUCGUGGUAAAAAUGUUAAUUUUUAAGUGAUUUAAAAAUGAUUCUGUGCCAUCGUGUCUUCUCUGUGGAUGGUUAGUUGUUAAAUGUGUGUUAAUUAUGUGAAACAAUCCUCUUUGUGGAGCCUAAAAUCCUCCUUUUUAGCUUUAUAUUUUAUAAACUGCCAGAUUGUACAAUUUUUAUGUGUAUUUUUAAAGCUUGACAAUGUGAGGGUAAUUAUAUAAGUAAAAUGGCCUAUUUUUGUACCUCCUGUACAGUUUUAUAAUUCUGCUGAUUGAUGAUGGCGUCUUAUGUUGAGCCAACCACAAAUAAAGGUAGUUUUAGAUUUGGAA